AUGAUCCAACCACAGAGUUCCACGCCGGUCGCCGACAUUACUCUACGCUGUGUUUUUGAUGGAGAGAGCAAUUCGAAUUCUUUCCAGGUCAGCCUUCCCCUGACAGCUGACGUUGGUGACCUCAAGGAUGCAAUCAAGGACAAGAAUAGUCCUGAAUUCGACUUCAAAGCCGCACACAGGCUCAUUCUCUGGAAAGUCCUGAUUCCUCUCCCACAAGACUACAACGACGACGACGACAUCGAAGAAGAAGUAGAGGAGGAGGAGGAGGAGGAGGAGGAGGAGGAGGAGGAGGGCGGCUCGCGCGUUUGCCUCGACGAAAUACCGAAGAAGGAGAAGAAACUACUCGAGAGAGCAUCGAGAAAGGUCUCUAUUGUCUUUGGCAGUCACCCUGACGAUAACACGAUCCAUGUCGUCGUCAAGCGUCCCCCGCCAGCCCGGAAACGAGACUACGAAGAAGAUGAAGAUGGUGAGGCGAUUGCGGCGGUCGGUCUUAUGGGAAAGGCUGUAGUGAGUGGACGAUAA